AUGAAGAUUCUGGUUACCGGCGCCGCCGGCUACAUCGGUCAAGUCUCGUCGGAAGAAGACCUGGACGCCGUCUGCAUUCUGCACGGCAUCACGUCGGCAGGAAGCGAGGCGGACACGGACCUCGGCUAUCGAGUCAACCUGUACAGCGUGCUGAAGCUGCUCGAGGCAUUGGCGAGACGUUGUCCGGGUGUGCGGGUUAUAUACACGUCUUCGAUUGCUGCCUACGGCGCUCCCCUGGCCGACCUGCUGUCUGAAGACACCGUCUGCACACCCCAAACGAGCUAUGGUACACACAAGGUCAUGGUCGAGGCCGUGCUAAACGACUACAAUCGCCGUGGGUGCCAUCACAGCGUUUGCACUUCGGCUUGCUGGCAUAUCCGUCCGGAGCGGAAAGCCGACCCAAGCAGCAAGCAGCUGGAUGAGUGGACAUGA